CUGAAGUUAUUUAUCUGUGUGGCUCACACAGAGGCAUCCUGGCUUCCUACAAGAGAGGGAGCAAGCUGCACGCAGGCAUUUCAAGAGAGUUUGAAGCUUCAAAGUGUCACUCCCCCACGCAGGCUCUCCCAACGCCAGAGCUGCUGUGUUGUGUUGUGCUGUGCCGUGCCGAGCCGUGCCGUGCCUGCCUCUUCCACUUCCUGCUGCAGAGCCAGUUCUGCUGCUUACCUGGGAGAGGCAGGAAGGGUGUCGUAAAAGGAGGAGAAACAAACCCAACCACCCAGCCAGCCAAGGAAGGAGACCCAGGCAAGCCAAGAGAGCGACUGGGUGCGCAGGAGGCACUCCAGCCCUCUUGCUUUCCUCAGUCAGCUCAGCGUCAGCCUCUCUCACCCACGAGGAAACAAGACAUGUAUAAUUACAGUGUUCAGGUCCGUCAAGUGCCCUUCACCCACAGCAGUGGCUUUUGAAGUUUGGGACACAGAGGGCACACGUCUGAAAGAUAUAUAAGUUUCUGCACGUUUCAUGAAAGCACAAGUCAUAAAAACAACCAUUACCUGCCCUACAGGGCUAAAAAUCUGGGCUAGGAACGUGACACAUUGCCUUAGUCUUCACUGUGGAGGGUACUCACGGGAGAGGUUUGCUGGAAAAUCCUGGCCUUGCAGUAAAACAGCUGACUCUCAUUUCCAGUGCAACUACAAAACUUGGAAAUGGCCUCCAUGUCAGGCACUUUUGUGGGUAGAAGCAUACCAGUUGAAGUGGAUGAAUCCAUGCCAUGGUCCCCAUUUCCUGAACAUGUCUUGGAGAAUCCUUUACAGCCUUCUGGAGAGGAUAUAGAGGAUGAGGAGCCUCAGAGACAGUGUGACACUCGAGUGCCUCAGCCUAUGGCUAGUCCAUCAGCCCUCUGCAGAGCACCAGCAUGUCACCAGUCAGCACUGUCCGUGGAGCCAGACAGCAGCUUGUGGUCAAAAUAUACCAGUCCUGAUGGCAAUGGACACUCGUCUUCUUCCAGUGAAUCAAUAGCUGGAGUAGUUUCCUCCAGGAUGCAUCUUGUAGCUAUGGACAAGCCAGGCAUGCAGCCAAGAUCACAGCUUUCAGCUGACACUGGGCAUAACUCCAGUAAAUCAGAGCAGAGCUUGUUUAACACUCCCAAGGACUCCCUGGAGGAGAGCAGCCAAGGGAGUUCACAGUCACAGCAACCCUCAGAAAAUAGACUCCCAGCAGACCUGGGCACCAUGGACACAGAGUCCAGCUCCGAGUCACAAGAUAUCAUGGGCAUCAGGCACCUUGAGCCCCCCUUACCACUGGUGUCUGUGCUGAACCCCCAGGACCACCCAGGACCACUGAUCUCCAGGGAGGAUUUUGGACCUGAGCAUCAGCAGUGCCCUGUGUGCCAACACUUGCCCCAUCCCAACGCCUCCUCACAAGCCCACGGCUUUUUUGGGCAUCGCUGCCCAGCAGAGCAGCACCCCCAGGGCCCAUAUGGCAGAGUACCUUACCAACAUUUUGCACAUACAUCACAACCACUUCCUCCUGUUCCUGGACCUUGCAUGAGAGUUAUCCGCCCAGCCCAGCAAGUCAUCCCAAAUUACUCAAACCUUCGUGCUCCCAAGGGUGCUGGGGACCGACCACCCCAGAGGACGUGCUCCUCCCCUGGUCCUCCUCGAUUCCCAAACCAGCUAUACAACCAGCUACCUAAUGGUCAGCUGCCCCCCAAGGCAUGUGGCCCAGAUGAAGCAUGCUGUUGUCCUGACAAUUUUCCAUCUCCAGCUGCUGUCCCGAGACCUUUCAGUAACCCUGCAGCCAGGGGAACGCUGAGAACCAGCAAUCUGCCGGAGGAGUUGCGUAAGGUCUUUAUAACCUACUCGGUGGACACAGCAGUGGAGGUUAUGAAAUUUGUGAACUUCCUGCUAGUAAAUGGAUUCCAAACUGCUAUUGAUAUUUUUGAGGAUACAGUACGAGGUAUUGACAUCAUUAAGUGGAUGGAGCGCUACCUAGGUGAUAAGACGGUGAUGAUAAUCAUAGCAAUCAGUCCAAAAUACAAACAGGAUGUGGAAGGGGCUGAAUCCCAGCUGGACAGGGAUGAACAUGGCUUACAUACUAAAUACAUCCACAGGAUGAUGCAGAUUGAGUUUAUACAACAAGGAAGUAUGAACUUCAGAUUCAUCCCUGUGCUUUUCCCAAAUGCCAGAAAGGAACAUGUGCCUACCUGGCUGCAGAACACUCACAUUUAUAACUGGCCAAAGAAUAAGAAGAACAUCCUUUUGAGGUUACUGAGGGAGGAGGAGUACGUUGCUCCUCCAAUAGGACCUUUACCAACCCUCCAGGUUGUGCCGCUAUGAAUGUUAUUACUUAAAGUGCAGGACAAGCAGUUGUUAAAGGGUUGUUCUUUGGCAGGGGGCCAACCCUCUUCCAGAUGGCUCUCUUUGAUGACAGAAGACACUCUAUCUGCUGAAGGAAUUGGUUGUCUUGGGUAACUCAGGCUCGGUUUGUUCUCUGCCAUGUUAUACAUGCAUUUCUGAAGCUGAUGGGGCAGAACUCCUUUUCUCUAGAUUUUCAAAUCAGCUGCAAAUUGAAAGAAUGCCCAGUUUUACUGUAACAUCUGUUUUUAACAUAUUUCCUUAUUAGUCAAUAUAGGAAAAAAUACCAGAAAUAAUGAUGCAAUAAGUGUAAAAUAAAAAUUACAUCUUCCUUUUAGCUCAGGGUUUCUUUAAAGAUGUUCUUGCCUUGUAUAGCAUUAUUGAAUAGCUGAUUUGUAUAUAUACUAUUAAAUCUAUUUGCCUUUUGUAAGGCAACCUUA